GACCAGGGGAUGGUAUAAGAGGCUGCGAGGCUGCCCAGAUUGGUCAGACAGCUCCUCGGCCAGACGGCAGCAGGCAGCUCCAGGCACUCGGCGCUCGCACUCAGUCCCCCGUGGGGACCUUGGGCCUCUGCUCUCUGCUCUCUUGGUGCCUGGCCCAGUCCAGCCAGGGAAGAGGAUUCCUUUUCGGUUCUUAGGAAGCCAUCGUGCUUACCAAACUCAGAGCCUCACAGCCGAGUCUCUGCAACUGCAGGUAUGAGGUCCAGGCUUCUGAUUUCAGUGGCCCUCCUGCCAACCAUAAGCGAGACCUCAGAGAUGAUGAUGCUGGGAGGCACCCAGGCUAAAGACGACCUGCAAAGUGAUCUUCUCUCAUCACAAAGCCUCGAUGACUAUGUGAAGUCCAUAUGUCAACUAGCCCAACCCACUUCUGUGCUCGAUGGGGCCCAACGUCUCCCAUACAACAGACCACGAAAGCCUUGCAGGCUCAGAGGAAAGACUGUCAAUGAAGCACCUUCAGCUUCACACAGUGAGAAGUCAAGCCCAACCUCAUCCCUGCAGGACAUCACUGCCCGUUUCAGCGGCCAGCACCCUACCCCGACUUUGGACAACAAUGUUGACCCUCUAGACUGGCUUUUUGGGGAAUCCCAACCAAAACGACAAAGCUGGAAGGAUGCCCUGAGGAAGAAUGGCUCAUCCACUGACCCUUCCCCUCUGCAUAAACAGACUGAAACAGGAAAAUCCAGGGUCACCCGCCGAGUCAGAGCCUGUGAAGCAAAGAUCCCUGGGGGAACCUUGACAAAACUAUCCAGUGAGCGGGGCAAGGCUUGGGAGAGAAGAACUCAGCCCUCCAUGCUGAACGCUGCCCUGGACUAUUCCAGCAGUUUCCACCAGGGUAGGAUACCCCGGUCUUUGAACUCAAACCUCCCAGUCAUUUAUGAACUGUGACCCCACAAAUAAAACCUUCUGUAAAUAA